AUCCGUUUAUCAGUUUAACUUCAGUUUCCUGUCACCACUUAACGUUUCAACAAAACUCCAAAUCACAAAUUCCAAAGGGAAAGCGUUUUUCUCAUUUUGUGUGAUGGAAAACAACGAUAUCGGAGCUCCGUCAGAUGCCUCGCUCUUUGACCAGAUUGUGGCGACGGAGCAACCAUACAUCCCCAUACACUCCGACCCCUCCUAUCCUCUCCUCGACACCUUCGUCGACCUUCUCAACGUCGAUACCAAACAUUUUGAUUUCGAAAUGUUCAACUCUCCACUGCCUCCUCCUCCGCCGCCAACCGCUCCUCAAGUGUCCGUUCACUCCGAAACCUCGGAGAAACCCAACGAGCAGAGCUCGAAGCCUGCACCAGUAGGGUCCACAGACGGAUUCGACAGUGGAAAGUCCGUGGUCUCGGAUGAUCUCUGCAUGGAAGGCGGUGCUAAGAAUUCCGGAGAGAACAAGCAGAAGCCGCGUCGGCAGAACGUUCCCCUGGACGCGUCACUGACAGCUUUGAUGCAGGCCGGGCCAGCGAUUUCUUUGGCGAGGAGGCCCAUGGGGCCGGAGGAACUUGCUGAACUUGCUAUGGUUGAUCCUAAGAAGGCUAAGAGGAUUCUUGCUAAUAGGGAAUCUGCUGCUAAAUCAAAGGAAAGGAAAAAGCGUUAUUUGAUAGAGUUGCAAAAGAAUGUGGAAUUGCUUGAAAUUCAAAUAACUAACCUGUUUAAUAAUAUUUGCAUGCUUCAGAUGGGGAACAGAGGAAGGUCUCUUCAUGUAAAGGAGGUCAGAGUAAAAUUAGACAUCAAGCGAGAAGAAGACCGACUUAAAGAUGCUCUGAGUGUUGUGUUGAAUGGAGAAAUUCAGGGCCUGAAGGAUGAAAAUAGAAAUCUAGAUGUUUUAUUGAGUUGUCGUUUUCAAGGGAACUUUUUCUCUCCAUUCUCUUCCAAGUUACCUCUGCAACAGUUUCAUAAUCCUCCAUCUCAGCAGCAUCUGAACCCUCAGCAACCACAACUCUCCAGGGGGCAUUAUGGCCCUAAUAUAUAACUUCUCCAACUUCAAUCAGAAAAACUAGUUCAUUAGCAUAAUCGCUAAGAGAUAAUACCAUCUUGUCUAUGUUUGCAAUGCUCCAGAGUUGCCAAGGAUAUCAUUGUCCUGCUCUUUAUUGUUAUGUUUUACCGUGUCAGACUAUUUGAACCUGAGUUCUUGUUCAUUUUCUU